AUGUCUCAUCUACAAUUCUUUGCGUACGAGGGACAGGGGGCAGUACGAGUCGGCGACCGCAUUGAAUGCUCGGGACAAGGUGGUUGGGAUCCGAUCACUGGAGAGUUCGAAAAGGAGAUCAACGCCCAAAUCGAUCUGGCUUUCGAGAAUGUGGAUCGAUGUCUUAAGGACGCUGGUGGCAAAGGAUGGACCCAAGUCUACCGUGUCAACUCAUAUCACGUCCCAAUCAACAAUGAAGCUCUGGAAGCGAUGGUCCGUAACUUUAGGAGGUGGAUGCCGGAUCAUCAACCUCUGUGGACCUGUGUUGGCGUUCCACGUUUGGGAGAAGAUGACAUGCGCGUGGAAAUCGAAGUUGUGGCUCAUGCUGUCUGA